AUGGAAGAAAUUAAUGCUGUUGUAGAACAAGAAUAUCAGGAGAUGUGGAAUAAUUGGAUCAUCUUCUAGAAAUUUGACACAACCAAUGACAUUCUCCAGAUUAAAAAAUAAAUUGGACUAGUUGAUGAUAAAGUAGACUUCUCUGUCAGAUAGUCAAUCAUGCAACCUCCUAAUCUGUAAGAAAUCUAUGAAGGAAUCAUAAAUGGGAUCAUAAAGAGAAGGGAACUUGGAUUGUAUUAAAAUGCAUUUACUUAUUACUGUGAGUUGCAAACAGCCUUAAAUGAAUUCCUUAAGAUGUAUGGCACUUCUCUAAAGAAGGAGGUGAUUCUCGAUUUAUUUCAGAAUCUAACUGGAUUAAGUUUAACCAAGGAAAAUGUUCCCAAGAUUGUAGUCAGAUGCAAUAAUUGCAAUUCUUACGUUUACUAUACAAACAACUGCAACAAGUGCAGAAAUGCUUUCUAUUGUGAUUAAUCUUGUGUUAAGGCAGACCUCACAAUUCAUUGCAAGAAGUGCAUCCAUGAUUUACCAAUGACUCCACAGUUAUUCUCCCCAUUAAUUGUAGAAUUACACUCAGGUACAGAUAUGAAGCACAAUAUUACUUUAUAUUAUGAGCAUGAAAUGAAAUUUUCUUAAAAAAUCAGAGGAAUGUAGCUUUUCAUGCAUCUAUCCAAAUUCUUUUUGAAGCAUAGAUGGCUGAAAGGAAAUAAAUAUUCAGUAGAGGAAAGUGAAUAGAGCGUCAUCAGAUUCAUCUAUCAUGCAGACAACUUAAACAACAGUGGUGGGGCAAUCGAUGAGGAAGAGGAAUAUAAAGUGCAAUAAACUCCUCAUAAUCCUACUAAGUACCAGCCAGUGCCUUAGCCAUUUCACACAAGCAGUAGACAUUCAAAAUAAGACUCAAUAAACUAAUCCUAACUGUCUCAGAAUGAUGUGUCCAUGAGAUCUAAAACUGAUGAUAAUAAUGAUGAAAGCAGUGAAGAUCAAGAGAGUGAUGAUGCUAUGAGAGAAUUUUACAAACAAUAAAGAAGUGAGAAAACUCAGUAAGAAAAGGAGAUAAAAGAUGAAUUCUAUGCUAAACUGCCAAUUAUUUAAGAAAUAAAAGUUGUGUUUUUGAAUUUUGGAGCAUUAAUUACGGAUAUUCUCUAGGAAUAGCAUACAUCAUACAAACGCUACAUUCAUAUAUUCAGAUUUCCUUACUGA